CUAACAUCGGCUCUGAGAGUGACAGGUGUGGUGUGCGUGUGGCUAGUGCCUUGAAAAAGCUCAUUGGCUACUGGUUUGAUAUCUAUUGUCUGUGUCAAACAAAAUGGUUAUCAAAGUCUACGUUUCCUUGAUAUCUUGUAAUCAAGAGAUCAAGAAGAACCAGCAGCGCACCAUCAUGAUCCUGGAGAGCAAAAACAUCCCGUACGUUGCCAUCGACAUCACGGAUCCCAGUCAAGAGGAGGCGAAGGAGUACAUGACAACCACAGCCGUGCCUAAACCCAACGCUAAAGUCCCUGUCACGCCGCAAAUAUUCAACGAGGCUGACUAUUGCGGGGACUUUGAUCAACUAGAUAUGGCCAACGAAUGCGACACCCUGGGGGAUUUUCUGAAGCUGUCAGAAGAUGAGAAGAAAUUGAUUAAGAUCGGCAUCACGGGCAUCUUGCCCGAAGACCGCAAGAAGGCCCAGGAGCGACAGAAGGAAGACCCGGCACCGCUAGCGAACGGCGUGCCGGCUAGAGAGAGUUCGGUGGAGAAGAACGGGGAUUUGGCCGCUGCACCGGAAGAGGCGGCAGUGGAGGAGGCCAGCAGUCCGGCCACUGAGGAGGCUCCUCAGAGCAGUGACGCCCCAAGCGAGGAACCCGUGCCUCCUGAAGCCGAGGUGCUCUCCGCUCAAGAGAGCGUGACAACGGAAGCCUCAGUCGAACCUCCUGAGGCAGCCCCAACUGAAACUGCACCGACUCCAGAUGCAGCUCCAGUGUCAGCAGUUCAAGAAGAAGAAGAGGAAGAGGCUGGGGACGCUACCGAGGAAGAGAGACCAGAGGCCGAGUGAUCGUCAAAGCGCCAAUUACGUGACUAUUUUUAUUGAAUGACGAUCUUUCAUCGGACACUGAAACAGACUCGGAGUGAUGCGUGAUCGACGAGAUUCUUCACUACGAGAUCUUUUUCACAUAUUUAAAUGAAAUGUCUUUCCGUGUCAUAGUUUUGGGAACGAAUCAACUUAGGGGGUUUUAUACAUGUCAUUUCAUAAUUGAGAGCAGCAGCACCAUGACAUACUGAACUAAAUGUCCCCUAGUGAUGUAUUCACUAAUUAGCUUCGUUGUUAUUAUUUAAUUUGUCAAGUCGAAUUCAGGCGAGUCUAUGCAUUUUGUUGUGGUUAAGCGCUGUUCAUAUUGACGCCGGUCAAUUAAAAUAAUGCUGCUCAUUUAACAUCCGUAAUCCCGAGUGCCUUCAGAUCUCACCUAUCUACUCUCGCACGCCUCACAACUACCGGCUACGGCCAUGCUUUGAACACCCAUCUUACCCGCAUGCGCUCAUUGACUAUGCUAGUGAAUCGCCGGUAGUUUUGAUUCAAAACACACACGCUUCUCGUGUUUCAAAGUUCAAAUAACAUGCAAGAAAAUUUAAUUGGGUAAAACUCGGGUACCGGCACCUUAUACGAGCUUACCAUGCAAUUCACAACGCGUAGGUAAUAAACGGCAAACCUUCGCUGUGGCGAUUGCUAAACUUGGGGUGGCGUUAAGUUUAGCGGAGUCGUUGAGUAGUGCGGUGCGUCACUCGUUCCUGAGCCAUACUAAAUACUUCAGAACGCGAUGAUUAAGCACAAUUAUUGGAAGUAUAUUUGUUUGCCUCCUCUCUUAGGACUAAAUCGUUUGAUGAAGUGGAAGCAUCGUACAAAGCAAGCGAAGCAAUUUGUUCUAGCGUGACGACUGAGCAAACGGCUGUGCCGCGCUUUUUGUGGGUCUCUGUAAUUUGUAGAUGACUUUCUAUUUGCCGAGUUAGCUUAAUUUAUUAGCAGUGCCAAUAGGAGGACCGAACCUGUGAUGUAAAGCCUCGUACUGCUCAAUCUAAGUUCUCGCUGGCGCUGAGUGACUCAGUACGGGACUAUAUUUUCCUUGGCCUCAUUUUUCCGGUACUUUUCUCUUAAGUCGACCGGGACGACCAGACUCGAAGAGAAAUCUAUUCCGAGAAAAAUGAGUCUUAAUUUAUAUUAUGACGCUUAGUAUUGAUAGUUAUUAAAUCCAGCGAUGUUGAACUCGUUCGACAAAUCGAAUGUCUGGAAGAAGCGUCAUCAACGUCAAGCGAGCCGCCCUGCAGUUCUACUCAGUAACGUUGGUAUUUCCUUGAAAACUUUAAACUAAGGAAAAUGUUUUAAAACUUGACAACUAAAGGCAAUGAAGCCAUGAAUGAUAUCUAUAAGUUUUUGUCUUCUAAUUGUCCUCUGUCUUAAACUUGUUAAUUCGAAUAAAUUCAUUGAAAAAACCUGCAA